AUGCCCCUUAUGAUCUGGACUGAUGACAUGACCACGUUCAAUGUUUAUGUGAAAACUUCUGACUAUCGACUGUGUGGGAUCGGUUGGUCACUUGGGAGAAAGAAGAUGAUUAGGUCAACGUGGGGUGAAAGAGACUGUGGUAUUGCCAUAAAGGAAAAAGGCGAUGUGUGGCUAGUACGGGUGGAAUUUGACCCACUGAAAGGACAAUUACCACAGACAUACUUUGUGGGAUGGACCAAGCAUUUCGUUGCUGGAAUUGAGGAACGUGAAGUUAAAUUGAACCCUCCGGGCUACAAAGACGAGACUGUUAUAAAGAUGGAGGAAAAAGACCACAUGACUGUGGACCAAGGCAUGCGGGUGGACUUACCCGCCAGCCCAGACAAAACAGGACAGAGUGACGGAACUCUACACACAGAACGUGGGACUGAACUUGCUUCUAGAGAGUCACCGAUCCAGGAGAUACUGUUGAGGCCCUCAGAACUGGAAGAGGGGACACUAUCCAGAGGGUCACCGAUCCAGGAGAGACUGUUGAAGCCCUCGGAACUAGAGGACCGGACUGCGAUAAAGGUGUCGCCCAUCCAAAAGAGACUGAUGGACUCACCAGAACUGACUGACAAAACUGAUGCUGGAGCCCAAAUACAGCAGAAAAACCCUACCAACCUUGACAUAGCUGGCCUAGCGGACAAUCCUAUUCAGAAUGAUCAGGCAGACACUGACCUGACUGGACAGAGUAGGGCUGACCUGAUAGUCCCGGAUGGCCAAAACCGAAAUCCUGACGUACUGGUGACUGACGUACGGAGAGACAACUCAAUGGAGAAGCAUGACGGUAACUGGUCCGGAAGAUGCGCCAGAGUGCAGGUGGUGCAGGAGCUCAUUGUUUUCCCACAGGGCGAGGAAACAAGUGAUAGUAAGAGGGUGAAGAGGGCGUUCCGACCAGACCCUGGAGUAGGAGGAGCUUUCACACAGGCAAUGGGGAAAAUCAAGGCUCUAAGGUUGGAGAUGAAGAAGAAUGCUGGAAGGGAUGCAGAGUUGGACUGGCUGGGCUGGCUACAGCAGACUUUAGGAUCAUGGAAACUGGGAGCAGUAGUGGUGCGAGGGGUAACAAGACAGAUGUUAGUGCUGAAUGCGGAGAGCAAGAGUAGCCGACCAGAGCAGUUCCCCAUCAAGGACUGGUUAGCGGAGGACGACUCGUUGGACGAUGAAAAGAACAUGGACUGUGACAGUAUACCUACUUUUUGA